UUUUCCUCUCUUGCGUGUGAUGGAGGGCGCUGCCUGAGUGGUACUGUAUGUAUGCCUCACAGUUAUCGGUUUUGCCCUUCGUUUUGGCUGUGGCACAUAAACUGUAUUUACUUUUCUAAUAGAUGGUGUCUGGACGAUUUAACGGCUGCAAGAUUAACGCUGCAGGGACUAAAUUUGUAGGACCACUGCUACUCUGUUGGAUCUGUUUAUGUUUUGGUUUUAUGUUUCUUUUCAUUUUCAUUGUGUUUUGUGUUAAGUGGUUGUUUUGUAUUUAAUGUUUAAACUUAUGUUGAGUUUAUUGGUGUUUAUUAUCUUGUUUGAUGUGAAUUCUUUUGUUCUCUCUUUUCACAAUCUUAUGGGAGUGUUCUUUUUUUCCACUUGUGUGUGUGUGUGGCCGGUCAUUUUAGCGUUUGUUUAGAACUGGCCAGUGUGGGGUUAGUGUAUGGGGGGGGACUGGAGUUUUCUAUGUGAGCUGUGCGAGUUUAUUUUGGAUUAGAGUGAGUUUUGCUGGUUAUUUCUGUUUUACGGAGCCCUUACGCCUUGACCAUCUAUUCCCCACUAUCUGACCCCUAGCUCUUAUUUGGUGUCAUUGGGAUGAAGCUUUUGUGCUUUGCUGUGUUUGUAGAGUUUGUGUAAUAAAAGUAUUAUGUUAAGUGGUAACGCGUCUCCUGCCAGGGCAUAUACCGAACCUGGUUGCCUUAUUGUGUUAGAGGAGGAGUAGUUAUUUCCUUGGGUGAAAUUCCUAGGGUAGCGCCACAUUCUGGCGCAAUCGUUUGGAUUACGCAUUAAGGCAGAGUUGUGUCCUCCAUUGGUUUUGUUUUGUCUGCCUAAAGUCAGUCAUCGUCAGGAACAGAUAACACACCGGGGAUUUGGGCUCUCUAGAUAGGAGGAGGUUGUGCAAAAUGGCUGCAGGUCAGCUUCCCAUUCUCUGGUCGAAAACCUUCGAUGAGCUGAAACAUGAGCUGCUUCAUAACUGGACGCUGAACUACAGCAACAACCUGUCUCACGGUGAGACGAUGAGAGGCUGGAGGAAAUGGCAUCACAGUGCUCAUGGAAGGUUCAGCUGCAGCAGAAGCAGAUGUCUCAGGACAUGGUCCUCAGUCGAAGCUGUAGUCCUUUUCGGCUACCGCGGGCAGAGAAACAUCAUUAUGCGGCUCUUUGGCCAGCGAUGCCCCAAUUGCAGGGGUGAUUAUGAACAGCCGGUGUUCCCCAAGGCGGAAAUAGAGAACGUCCUGCGCCGCCUCUUUAAAAAAAUCAUCAACAUCAACUACUCUGAGCAGAACCAGGAGGAUGACAUAGACCAUGGCAACAACAGUUUUGUGGGGGAGGGGAGAGGACAACAUAGGAGAAAUCUACAUGUGUGAGGCCUGCCAUCACAAUAUCUGUCCUUUUUUACCUGAUAAAUAACCAGCAGUAGGGGUUUUAAACCCUUGUGUCUGUAAGAGUUUUACAAGCUGAUUACCCAUAAAUCACUGUAUAUAAGCAGACUGACAUCUAUACUCUGUAAAAUAAAUUUGAGUUUGAAUUCAA